UAAGGUGCGAGCUUUGAUCUUUACCGCGUGAAGCAAUCAGCGAGUAGUUCACUUUCAACGAGCCAGCGACCAGCACGGACCGAUAUUUACUCUUGACAACCUAGAAGUCUCUAGGAGCUAAAAUUUAGUGAAUCGUGCGGAAUAAUAGUAGAGGAUAUCCACACACAGACAUGGCCAAGCCAGCUGAACAUGUCAAGCGCCCCAUGAAUGCGUUUAUGGUUUGGUCCCGAGAAGAGAGGAGAAAAAUCGCCCAGGACAACCCCAAGAUGCACAACUCCGAGAUCAGCAAAAGGCUCGGAGCUGAAUGGAAGCAGUUAACAGAUGAUCAGAAAAAGCCGUUUGUCGAGGAGGCCAAGCAUCUACGGGCGCAGCACAUGAAAGAACAUCCUGACUACAAAUAUAGGCCUCGAAGAAAACCCAAAUCGCUGUUGAAAAAGGUAGACCGCUAUCCAUUUCCACUACCGUGUUUACCAACCUCUGACGAACUACUCAAGUGUAGUCCUCCCGGUAUAUCGACAUCAUCGUUCGUAACGGACCCGUUCUCGUCAGCGGUGAACGGCAAAUCACGAUCAUUUAUCCCAGUUUCAUCAGGAUACACUUUUGACUCGAGUGCCGGGCACUCCAUUACCUCAUCAAGGUUCGACCGCGGACUAGAGAUUCCAAGCGCUGUACGCCCUGAUAUGCUCACGGGAGGGCAAAUGUACCCUCACUCUGCGCUCUAUCCAAGCGCUCCACCGACAAGUUCGGCUCUGCUGAACGCUUCUGGUAUGCCUGUUUUACCUGGAGGCCAAUUAAGUCCUCACUCGCAUCUCCACGCUGUUCAGGGAAGCAAUGGACAGUAUACGGUUCCUUGCAACUGUUCGUCGUGGCAGGGACAAGAUGUAAGGAGACCUGUCGCAUAUCUACUCCUUUAGUUGAAGUGACUGACUCUUAAAUCCAUUUAUCACGAUUGACUAUUUAUGUAUAAUACAGCAACUAACUGGUGUAAAUUAUUCUUAUCGAGCAAGCAAGAAUUUUAUUAUAUUAUUCCGUGCGAUUUCAUAUGAUUUUUUUUUUCAUGGACAAAUUCAUUCCAGACGAAUACAUUUCACUACGUAGAGAUGUUGACGAGUUUGACGACCAAAUUUCUGACCACGGAAACCGUUGCCAGAUCGCAACACGUCAGAAUUUGUAUAUUAUAAGGCUAUGUGUGUGAAUAUUUAAAUAUUGAAAGAAUUCUCAUUCGACCUCAUUUCAUGGGUUAGUAGCUCUUUUAGGAGGUACUAUUAAAUUUCCGCUUUGGUUUGCCAAGCAGAGUGACUCCGCAAGCCCUGCUUGUCCGUUAUUUACCAGAGCAACUUUCACUCGUAAUUUAAAUUUGACAAAACUAACCCCAAGUUUUCACCGAACUGUCACAUUAA